ACUGCCAACUAGUGUUGUUGACUCGGUAUAAUACUUUUCUCCUAGGUUCCUACUUUGAAAACACCCUGUUUCUUUAUUCUAAAAGAAUUAUUUGCAGGUGGCGCAAUCGGUCCGUGCAUCUGGCUGUUAACCAGAAGGUUGGUGGUUCGAGCCCAACCAGGGAUGGUGUCGGGCAGGAUUCCUGCAUUACAAGACUAGCCUAGGUGGCCCUUGAGGUCCCUUCCAACUCUUAGCAAUAAGAUCCUGGGGCACCGCUGGUGCAGCGAGUGAUGCAGAAGUCGAAGUAACAGGGAAAGGGGACCAAGCGCCUUUAACCCUCACCUGGCUCGCAUUCCAGCACCACCGUCUCCGGCCCCUCGGAGCGCCUCCCGCUUUGCAGACUGGAGGCCACGGCACGCGCGAGGUCGGGGCAGGCGAUGAACCUUCGCAGGGGCGGCGGAGCCCGCGCCUUCUCCGCGACCAAGCGGGUCGUUUCGGCCUCCUCGGGGAUCCGCAGAGGAGGGAAGCGGGGCUUUGCCGGGCCGCGGCGCUGCUCGCUCUGACCCGCCGGGCCUCGUGAAGAGAGCCGCUUCCCAGGCGACAGGCUCAGAGCCGUCAGCAGCAACGGGCGCCCCGGCAGGCCCGACGGGGCCAAGGCCGCCACCGCCGAACGCAGCAUCCCGCACGUGGGUGACCUUGCGGGGUACGAGGCCGACCAGCAUGCGCGGCACCCGGACGACUUUAGCGGCCGGGCUCGGGCUCCCAGUUCCGUUUCCGGCACCGCUGUUGCUGGGGCGACGAUCUAGUCUGCCUCUUCUCUGUGGUCAGGCUCCCUUCUAGGCGUUGCAGAGCUCUGUGGUGCUCACCUUCUCGCCGUCGCCGCCGGGCUGAGUCUCCGGAGUCCGCAGCCGGGUCACAGGUAGCUUCGUUCGAUGUCCAUUCGGAGCCCAGCUGUGCCGGCGCGAGGGGAUGGGCGGAAGCCUCGCGAGGCGGCCGCGACCUCAGGUGAGGGGAGAAGGAAGCCGAAGCUGCCAUAGCGGCCGCUGGCGGGGUCCUCUUUCCUCCCGCCUCCCUUAGGGGAGCCUCCGCGGGGUUACGUGUUUUGCUGCCUCCUGAAAUGGAAACCCGGUUUUAAGGGCGAGAAGAGGGGCGAGCAAGUAAUGGAGGGACGGUGUGCGUGAGGCACCUGGGAUUUGGGGGGGGGGCGCUGCUAAUUAGGCUGGAAUGACUCGGAGGGGGGACGGCGGGAAAGACCCACCGCAGGUCUGCCCUGCGUGGGGAGAGAGUAUCAGGCUCAUCCUUGGGUCUGUGGGGCGCUUGUCUUGCUCCCCACCCCAUGAACGGCCACAGCUAGCCAGUCGCUGUGCUUGUUUCUUCGUUACCACGUCACUCUCUUGUGGAUUCAAUAUCCUUGUUUUGAAUUACGUGUGGGUUUUGCGUGCCAGCUGCGAAGUCUCUUCCGAACAGCGCCGUGCACGCUGUGCUCUCCCUUGCUUCGCCACGCUUCGCUCUCAUCCUUCCUCUAAGGGAGCUCAGGGUGGGCAAGCUUUGGAGUUGUUGCCGUUUUUUAAGCUAACCGAGAUCACUACGUUUGUGAUCUGGUUCUUGCAAGGUUGCCUGGUAAACUUGAGAGCGGAGCGAGAAUACUGGUUGGUAUACAGCUUUGGUCCAUUUGGCCUAGUGACCUGACUCUGGAAAGCGCAAAGAUCUAGUCAAAAUGAACGUAUUUGUGAAAUGUACACACAAGCACAAUCGUGUGUUUGUGUCUGAAUGCAAUUUUGCAUGCUUUUCCCUAAAUUGGGAUGUUGCUGUGUAAGUAAUGUUUGGGGGGAAAUGAACCGCAUGAGGAAUAAGAACAGAGUGUUGUAAUAAUUACUUUUCCCUUGUUUUAAAGAUCUAUUCGUAACCAUCUGCCUUCGGUUGGGCUUUGGAUCUGUUGAUAUUCCCCUAUUUAUCAGAUGAAUGUAAGGGAUUUAAAUAAAACUAGAUAGGCCAGUGAGCUGCCGUGGUGACUAAGUGUUUACAAUACUCAAGUAGUACAUUCCUAAACAUAGUCUACAUUCCUGAUCAUUGUGUCCCUUCAUGGUUGCCUGUGAGCUGCCCAGAUCACUGUGUUUUAUUACUUUAGCAUCAGACUGACUAAUGUUGCUGUAGGCUAAUGGGCCAAAGGGUUUGUUUUUUUUAGAAGAGGCUUUAAAUUCGGAUCAAAAAAGGAAAAAAAAUCGUUCCAAGGCUGGGAAUGAAAUAUGAGAAGAUGCAUAGAUGGCAUCUGGAACUAAGUAUACCCUCUUAUCUAAUCAGUUUUUGGUGUUCUCAGUUGAGGAUUUUCUUAAGAGCUAUGGAGCUUGAUAGUUGGACUGAUACUUCGUAUAAAUGGAAGAUGGCUGAUCGUUUGUUUCUUUUUUAUGUGCUUUUUUCUCUUGAAUGGAAAGUUUUGUUUUGAUCUUUAUUGCACAAAAUGUACUCAUUAUAUAUCAUUUUAAAUAAGAUCUCUUUGCAACAGGAUAUUGAUAUUGAAAGUUGUGCCAACCAGUUGCUCAACUGCAUGAGUAUAGUAGUCAUACUUGAUUUUGCGUUAUGCAGGAGGUCUAGUCAGAUUCGUAUUUAAUAUCAAUUGUCUGAUUCAUAUUAGCAGCCUUCUAAAUGCUGGCUAAAUAUUUGCUUUUCUGCCUCUCUCUUUCCUCCAAAUAGUUGAUUUAUUCCUGUAUUCAUACAGUUGGCAUAGUUUCCAAAAGAACUAUCCCUUUUUUCCUUUGCCUGCUUGAAGUAGUAGUAGGCUGGGAUCCAAAGAAUGCUGGCAGCUGAUUUUCCAUGCCCAAUUAAGUUUUCGGACUUGGGUUUCUUAAAGAAAAGCAUACUCUGCCAUCAUUGUCACACAGCAACCCCCUUUCGAAACUGGGGAAACUUUUAAAUCUGUUUAUGAUGUGGCAUGUAUAUUCUGAUUCAGAUUCAAAGUUCUCAAGUAAAAAAAGAAAAAAAGCUAUAUUAUCUAUUUUCCUUUCUUAAACCGAGAUAGACAAGUAAUUCAUAUAUUCCAAAUAAGAUCAGUCUAACUGUACUAAUAAAUGUUUAAUUUGUAACAUGCCUUGAGGCAAUUGGUUUUAGAUUAACUCUGUCCUAUCUAGCAAGACAGCCUAUCCUCUUGAGUUGAAUAAAUUUCAAGCCUUACCAUUUCUAUAAAGGCCUAUGCUCUGCACAUUCUGAUCAUGACUCACAAAAACGUGUUAAAAUAAAACCCAACAGGGCUGUUGCUGUUAGUCAAUGGAAGUUUUUUGGCUUUCUGUCAGUAAUUGUGAUGAUUGAGUUUGUUUCUGUACAGCACUUGUUAUAUAUACAGUACUGUUUUUAGAAAUGAAUGCAAAUUCUUUGUAAAUGGACUGUUGUUCAGAGCCCAUCUCUUCGAUAUCUAAAGGUCAGAAGAUUCACCCAGAUGUACCAAAAGGAUGAAUUGUCUCCCUCCAUGUUAAGGAAUAAAAACUAAUUAGUAUUGUAUUCUGCAAGUUCUGCUUUUCAUUUGGUUGGUUUUCAAGGCUGUCCCUUCUAGGUAGCACCCAAGUGUACUAGCAUUUCUUAUAAGAUAUAUUUUAAUUUACACUAUUUCCUCCCUCUUUUUUCUCUCUUGGCAGAAUGAACAGAUACCAGACAGCUCUGUAUUAACUCUUUGUUGCCUAAAAGCAUCUCCUUUCCCUUGCAAUACCUUUGAGAACCAUUUUGAAAAAUGGUAAGUACUGUUCUCUGGUUUAGAAAGAACAAGACUCAAGGCAAUGGUAAACAUGCUUAGUAUAUUUUAAAUAUUAAAAUCAGUUGAACGUUUUUUCUUUUUAAAAAAAAAAUAUCAUAAUUGCACAUAUGAAAUUAGAGAGAUUAAUAGUAAUUUCUAUGAAGUUUAUUCUGCUUUGUUGAUUGGCAAAGGCACAGCACUUUAUAUCGACUUUUGCCAACAGCUAAAACUGUAGGAAGUAAUUCAGGGGGAAAAUCAUUUUGGUACUUAAGAUUUAUCUUAUGUAAGUAAGAAUUCUUCAAUUAAUCUAUUAUGUUUAUACAUAUACAAAAUAUUAGUAAUUGUAAAGUAUGGAAGUUGUUAGAACUGUGAGCCCUGGAAACCCUUUAACUAGGGAGCUGCUGGUACUUAGGUUCAAACAUUCCUCCAUGUCACCUCUUUCUUCAGGACUGGGGCUUGGCACUAGUCCUAAACAUGCAUUAGGGGACCACGUUCUAAUUUUUAUUUUAUCAUAUAUUUGCAUGGUGCUGCUGCUGUUGACCCCUUAGGUCACGUCAUGGGCCACCUGUUGAAUAUCAGUGCUCUAAAGCAUGGACCUGCUGGGUUUCCAGCACUUCCACCAGUAGUUUUGCCACUCAGUUGGUCAUUCCUUUCCCUAAUCCUCUGUACAUUCUCCCUUCUUGCCGAUAGACUUUAGCCAUGCAGUGAAGCACUCAUGGUGUAAAACUCAUCAGUUCCAUUCCUUGUCUUGUUUCCAGCUUCUCCAAGGGCCUCUUAGAUCUCCCUCUCUUUCUUUCUCUGCUUUAGCAGCUGUGCAUGCUACGCCCUGCCCUGCCUAUUGAGGCUGCAUUCCUGGAACUGACCUCAACUUGACUUCUCAAGUAAAAAUCCCUAAGUAAAGCAUAUUGGUAUGUCUUUCUUACUUGGGAUGAUCUACCCAGGAAAGUAGCAUAUGUCCUGAUUUUGCAGGGAGGGCACUGUUCUACCAACGUGACAGGAAGUGAAAGAUAUAAAAUGUUUGUCACUGGAAAACUGUGCUACAAUUAUUCAUUCAAAACAUUGGCAUGUGUUACACUGUGUAUUCGUGGUGUUAUGAUACCUCAUGGAGAUAAUUUGUAACAGUGAUAAUCAAAAUAUCUGACGUUGAUUAUUUCUAGGCCAUGUGACUUUAGUUGCAAACCUUCCACCUGCUGUUGUUUGUUUACAUAUCCUUUUAUCCAAGGAGCCUAAUUUAUAUGCUAGCCCCAUCCUGCACCUUAGUUUAUAACAGGGGUAGGCAACCUAAGGCCCAUGGGCCGGAUGCGGUCCAAUCGCCUUCUCAAUAAGGCCCGUGGACGGUUUGGGAAUCAGUGUGUUUUUACAUGAGUAGAGUGUGUCCUUUUAUUUAAAAUGCAUCUCUGGGUUAUUUGUGGGGCAUAGGAAUUCGUUCAUCCCCCCCCCCCAAAAAAAAUAGUCCGGCCCACCACAUUGUCUGAGGGACAGUGGACCGGCCCAUGGCUGAAAAAUGUUGCUGACCCCUGGUUUAUAACAACCCUGUGAGAUUGCUUGAGUUAGAGAUUAACCCAAGGAUACACACAUUGAGCUUCAUGGCUAAGUUGGAAUUUGAACAUGGGUAUCCCCAACCCAGGGACGCGGGUGGCGCUGUGGGUUAAACCACAGAGCCUAGGACUUGCUGAUCAGAAGGUCGGCGGUUCGAAUCCCCACAGUGGGGUGAGCUCCCGUUGCUCGGUCCCUGCUCCUGCCAACCUAGCAGUUCGAAAGCACGUCAAAGUGCAAGUAGAUAAAUAGGUACCACUCUGGCGUGAAGGUAAACGGUGUUUCCGUGCGCUGCUCUGGUUCGCCAGAAGUGGCUUAGUCAUGCUGGCCACAUGACCCGGAAGCUGUCUGUGGACAAAUGCCGGCUCCCUCGGCCAAUAAAGCGAGAUGAGCACCGCAACCCCAGAGUCGGUCACGACUGGACCUCAUGGUCAGGGGUCGCUUUACCUUUACCUAUCCCCAGCCCUAGCUUGGCACUUAACUACCAUACCAUGCUGGUGGUGAAAAUUGUCAUUUGUUAUCACCUGUGGAACAUGGGACUUAAUAUUUGUGUGCAUAGGAAGGCCUAAAGUCUGAUCCUAAAGGCAGAUCCUUAAUUUUCUGAAAAUCGGUAUCAAGAAGUUCUGUCAUAUAACAUUUAAUCUACAAAAUGGUUCAUCCCAUCCCUGUAUAGUAGUAGUAAAUCUGUGCUUUUUGAAGUAUGAUGAAAAUAUAGACUUGGGUCCUAAUUGUUCUUUCUGUGACUGGUAGGACUCCUCCCACUUAAAGGAGACUUUGCAUGUAGUGGAGGGUCUCCCUGGCAGAAAAGAGGUGGCCAUUUUUGGCUGUUUUUACUUCAAACUGGAAGAUACUUUCAAGAGGGAAGGAGAAAUGAGCACAGGAAGUCCCCCAUUCUGUUGGUGAGAGUGUUUUGGGAGCAGAACUUUGAUCACAUCAGUGGAACGGAGUCCAAGAUCUAAGCCAUGGUAUUUUAGAACCUUUGAAGGAUGAGAAACAUCCCACCCUUCUAAGAUUCAGGUCUGUUGACAUACAUCAGAUUGCUCUGUAAUAGUGUGCUCAAUAAGAAUUUCUAUAUGUGUUCAGAAAAACAGAUGGGCACUCUUUAGAAAUGAAAAUAAAUACUUACCCAGAAGGAAGGUCAGUAUUUGCUGUUGCAAGCAAAACUUUGUUUUCUGAAACCAUAUGUCAUGGCUUUUAAGAAUGGUUAAAUUAAAAUCUAAACAAAACAGUAGGGAAUCAUUAAUGGUUUCAAUUGUGUAUCAGUAGAAUUUUAAAUUAUUUUUUUAAAAUUGAAACUUAGAUAAAAUAUAUGAUCCCCAGACAGUAAAGGCAAAACUCUAGUCCCUGUAAGUGUAAAAUUUUAAUACUGAAAGAAAAGAAAAUGGUAUCUUUGAAGAAGAUUGAUUUUGGUAUGCAGGUUCAUGAACUAUCAGAGCACCUUAUCAAACAAAAUGAAAAAAUAAAUCAUUUUCCACUAUAUAUGGAGCAAGUUUAUAUCCCAGUGCAAAUAUCAUUGGUCAUAUAAUUUAAUAAUAGGCUUGCUACUUCUUAUAUCAUAUAUCAUAUGUACAUUGUCCUUUACAUUUAAAGUUGAAGGAGCAAAAAAGGCAGCAGCUGCUCUUCCACAGCCUUCUCCUUCAUCCCUCAUCUGCUUCACAGCCAUUCUUUGUUACAAAGAUGCUUAGUUCAGCUGGCACUUUGCAUAUGCCCUAAAACACCUUUAGCUUCACAGGUGACUGUGAAAUGAGCAAGACUGAGAAAGCAAAUCUGGUUGUACAUUGGCUAUCCUCAUUUAUAGUUGAUAAGUCUUUGGACUGGGAUGAGCAAGAACUGCAAAUGUAUGCUGAAGCUUAUCUAUGCAUCUGAUCAGUGUGCUACUUGCUGAUACAAGUCUCUGCCUCUAUUUUGGACAUUAAUUAGCCCACAUAAAACAGAAGUCUCCUUCCAACUGGCACAGCCCUACAGGUGACUUUAAUUGGUGUAAAUUAUUGAGUUAUGUUUCUCUGCCUCUUUGUUUUGCAUGUGGGACAGCCUUGUCACACAAGUUGAAAUGUGGUAUGGGCUUGGAACUAUGUGUUGUGAUUGACACACGACAUUCACCUUUGCCAAAUCAUACUGCUGUGGGAAGCAUGUAUUGUCCUACCACAUGCUGUUGGCAUAACACCUUUGAUCUAAGCAUCCUGUCUUUAUCUCAGUCCAAUCUUCCAUCUCAGAAACAAAAUUCUUUAUUUCAUUUAAAGAUUACAUUAUUAAGUCUUUCUUUGUCCUCUCGUCACUUAAGCUGUUCCACAUUUUGCUCUUUCCUUGCCUCUCUUCUAUGUUUGCUAUGUUCUUCGGGUUAGUCAGAUCACACAGUGCAGGCCUCAAGAACAACAAAUGAAAGUACCUUUGUUCCAUCCCCCCAGAUCAUCACCAGUAUUCUCGAUGGCAGAAAGUUUGCCUUUCAGUAACUGUAGACUUGUGCCUCUAGUUGCUCUGACAACUUUCGUUUAUGUCUAUGAUUCCAAACCCUUGGAUCAUGCUGAAAUUCUGGAAACCUGCUCUGUUUCUCCCUCUCCCUCUCCUAACAUGUAAUUAUUAGUAUUUUGCUCCUUCCAUUUCUGUGCCAGUUUCUUAAAUCUAACUAUCUUUCGGCUCUCACAUGGCCCAAGCCUGUGCCUUUUGCAAUCAGGCAUUCCCCAGGUGUGUCUAAUGCCACUUCCUGUUUCCCGCAGCAGUAAGACUUCUCCACCCUAUUUCUGUCUCUCUUUGUGAGAAGCAGUGCUAGCAGACAAAGGGUAACCGUGGGCUGGGGUCCCUCAAUAUCAAAGGACGUCGCAUGCGCAGACACCUCACACCUUCUGGAGAAGCUGGUGCCUCUGUCGUCAGUAAUUACUGAAUUUGGGCAAUUCAAGCUGCAUUUCACUCUUUAAAACCAGGUUUUCUAUCACAUGUUUCCCCAUCUCUACCCCAUGGUCCCACACAGGGGUUACAUUAUGCUGCCACUCUUGGUUAAAUGAUUGGGAGCAGACCAUAGUAUGACAAUGCUCCUUCUUCAUGAAUUCUAAUGUUCUUCCCUUGUUCGUUGUAUAGCAUUGUGUCUGCAUCAGCGAUAAUAUCUACAUAAAUGAUCUGCAGAAGUUACACUUCUACAAGUUUCAUGCAGUGUCUGUACUGCGUUCAUUAGGCACCACACCUUACUUUGGAACACCUAACUGACAUUAGGCAGGUGCCACUGUUGUAUUCUUUAGAUGCUUGCUGAAAAUAUUUGUGUUUUGGCCGGCAUGUUCAGACACACAAUUAGUUGAAUUCAUUUAUUUAUGUGUUUAUAAGUUGUAUUUUGAUUUUUAAAAAAAGUUUUGAAUGGAGUAUAACAUAAAAAUAAAAUGUUUCACUGUGUUUGAUUGUUUUUAGAUGUUUUUAUUACUAAACGACUAAACAACAACAAAAUUACAAAUAUAUUUGCUGCCUUUGGGAGGGAAGGGUAGGAUGUAAAUUAGAUAGAUAGAUAGAUAGAUAGAUAAGGAUUGUUUGAAGAUCAUAUGAUUUUCAUAGAUAAACAACUUACACGUUGCACAGUUAGUAUAAAAUGUAUUGCUGCAUAUUUUCUACAUUUUGAAGGGACCUCAGAAUUUGUAUGUUCAGUUCAAGCUCAGGAGAAGGGGAAGUGAAGGAAUAAGGAGCUUACUUCCCAAAGAGCUUUCAGAGCAGUAUUUUUACUCUCAGCACAUUAUUUUGUGGAGAGAAAACAUCCAGCUGACAUAAACAGUCAAGAGGUUAGAUUAAGGAGAUUUUCUGAUAGUGAGCAUACUCACUAAUGAGAUUGUACAUAACACAAUCAUCUCAUGAUGAGAGAAACUACUAAUGAGGCCGCAUUGUGGGGCAGUUGCACUGAGUGGCAAUUAUCUCUGUUGGAAAGUUGGGCUGGAAAAAGAUUUUGCAUCCUAAAUACUUCUUCCUCUUUCUCUCCCCCACAACCCUAAUCAAAAACAUCUGGAGUAAUUCCCAUUGAAUGUCCCUGUCUUUAUGAUGAUGAUCUUGGUUUAUUGAUUGUUGAGAAUUAUUCUUAAUUUACGAAGGUGGCAUUGUGUGUUUUUAAAUUAUUAUUAUUAUUAUUAUUAUUAUUAAACCAGUGCAAAUGUUGUAUGCUUCAUUUAUGUAGUGCACUUCAUUUUGUAGUGCACAUGUUGUGCAAUUUAUAUAUAAGUAUAAAUGAGACAUUAUGGGUUACUUGUAUUUCAGAUUAUUAGCCAGAAUAAUCUGAGAAUUUCCUCCUGAAUCUCUUAACCAGAAGUAUUGGGCUAAGCAAAUGAUUUGUUAGUAGCCUGUUGAUGAUAUAUGGAUUAACUUGUGUAUAUUUUUACCUUAAUUUUGUUAUGUGUAAAAUAGGGACAGCACUUGAUUUUUGUGGUCUUUAAUCCGCAUAUGAAGCAACAGGUGUCAAAUGUUAGUCAAGCUUCAGCAGUUUUGCCAUGCAGCUGAGAGACCAAGAGCCAGAUGUUUAUUUCACUCCCCAUAUACUCUCUUGUGGUUCCUUAGCCUAAUCUGGGUUCAGAAUGCAAAAUUUCCUUAAAUCCUUUGUGCACUUUAAUCCAUAAUCAAGCUAUUCCCGUUCGUAUAAAAGUGUUGAAAAGAGAGAAGGAGUUAAAGUAUUUGUUUUAGUGAAACACCCUUAAUUGCAGGCCUCCUCAGAAUACAAUAUCACUAUUUUUCUUCCAUCAUAUGAAUAGCCAGUAAUGAAAAACCAACCCUGCCUCUUACAGAGCAUUAUAAUGACUGAUAUUGUGGAGUUUAAUUCUUCAGGGUGCAAUGAAGAACUGCUCAGUAUAAUUAGGCUAAAACAGAAAAAGGUUCAUGCCACAUUGCAACCAAUUGAAAUAUCACAAAGUAAUGAGAUUGUCUUCAGAUUAGAUGUGAAGGGGAGGAACUGAGAGGGUACUGGUGGGUGAGAUUUUUUAAAAGCCCAGUCUGCAAAUCUGCAGCCAUUUUAAUAUGGAAUAGAGGUGCUCUGCAGACUGAAUUAGGCUGGCUCAUUCCCGAUGCAAAAAAAAGUCUUGGGUCGCAGCUACUUAUUUUAUUUAUUUUAUUAUUAGAUUUCUGGUACAGUACGAGUUACACAUUAAAAUGCAACUGAUACAGUGAGAUGUUUGUUUAAAAUUGUUUAAAACCUCUGUGUGAAUCAAAAUCCCUUCACCUGGCACCAGGGUCAGCCCUUUCAUAAGCCACAUUGAGCCAUGUUCCGUAGGUGGUGAACAUGCCCUCUCAUAUAUCGCCUGCAGGACCACCUACCAGAAUGGUUGUGGCACACUGGCCAGCAGUCAGGUGGGCUGGCCACUGCUAUUACUAUUUUACUCCCCUGCCUCCCAUUUCUCACAUAAUGUCUGUGCCACCACUAUCUGCCAUAAGAUUUAAAGGUAGUGAAAACAUGUAAGUGACCUAAAGCAAAACACAGUAUGCCCAUACCACAACCCCUCUGCUGGGCACAACAGUGAAGAGGUGACAAGUUCUUAGGUGCUGGUGCUGAAAAUAAGACAUGUCAGACCAAUCUGAUUUCUGUUUUUCAUGAAAUCACAAACUUGGUGAAUCAGGGAAAUGCUGUGGGCAUAGUGUAUCUUGAUUUCAGUAAGGCUUUUGACAAAGUACCCUAUGAUAUUAUCGCAAGGAAGCUGGUAAAAUGGGGGUUGAACGAGGUAACUGUUAGGUGGAUUUGUAGUUGGUUGACUGACUGAACCCAAAAAGUACUCAUUAGUGGUUUCUCAUCAUCCUGGAAAAAGUGACAAGUGGGGUGCCACAGGGUUCUGUCCUGGGCCCGUUAUUGUUCAACGUCUUUAUAAAUGAUGUCGAUGAAGGAUUGAGGGGAUGCUCAUCAAAUUUGCAGGUGACACCAAACUGGGAGGGAUAGCUAAUGCCGUAGAAGAUAGAAUCAGAAUUCAAAAUGACCUUAACAGAUUGGAGAACUGGGCGCAAGCUAACAAAAUGAAUUUCAGUAGGGAUAAUCGUAAGGUUCUGUACUUAGGCAGGAAGAACCAGAUGCACAAAUAUAGGAUGGGGGACACCUGGCUUACAAGCAGUACAUGUGAAAAGGAUCCAGGGGUCUUGGUGGACCGCAAGCUUAACAUGAGUCAACAGUGUGAUGCAGCAGGAAAAAAAGCUAAUGGUAUUCCAGGCUACAUCAACAGAAGUAUAGUGUCCAGAUCAAGGGAAGUAAUAGGGAUGCGGGUGGCGCUGUGGGUAAAACCUCAGCGCCUAGGACUUGCCGAUCGUAUGGUCGGCGGUUCAAAUCCCCGCGGCGGGGUGAGCUCCCGUCUUUCGGUCCCAGCUCCUGCCCACCUAGCAGUUCGAAAGCACUCUUAAGUGCAAGUAGAUAAAUAGGUACCGCUUUAUAGCAGGAAGGUAAACGGCGUUUCCGUGUGCUGCGCUGGUGCUGGCUCGCCAGAGCAGCUUCGUCACGCUGGCCGCGUGACCCGGAAGUGUCUCCGGACAGCGCUGGCCCCCGGCCUCUUAAGCGAGAUGGGCGCGCAACCCAGAGUCGGUCACGACUGGCCCGUACGGGCAGGGGUACCUUUACCUUUACCUUUUAUUCUGCCUUAGUCAGACCACACUUGGAAUACUAUGUCCAAUUCUGGGCACCACAAUUUAAGAAGGAUGUUAACAAGCUGGAACAUCUGCAGGGGAGGACAACCAAGAUGAUCAAAGGUCUUGAAACUAAGCCUUAUGAGGAGCGCUUGAAGGAGCUGGGUAUGUUUAGCAUGGAAUAGAGGAGACUGCAAGGAGAUAGGCUAGCCAUCUUCAAAUAUCUUAAGAGCUGUCACAUGGAAGAGGGAGCAUGCUUGUUUUCUCCUGCUUUGGAGGGUAGGACUCAAACCAAUGGCUUCAAGUUGCAAAAAAGGAGAUUCCGACUAAACAUUUGAAAAAACUUUCUGAUAGUAAGAGCUGUUCAGGAGUGUAACAGACUCCCACGAGAGGUGGUGGACUCUCCUUCCUUGGAGGUUUUUAAGCAGAGGUUGGAUGGCCAUCUGUCAUGGAUACUUUAGCUGAGAUUCCUACAUUGCAGGGGGCUGGACUAGAUGACUCUUGGGUCCUUUCCAACUCUAUGAUUCUAUAUUAAUGUUGCACCAGCUGCUUUAGUGAGCAUGUUUGCUGGUAUUUGCUCAUGCUCAAUCAUCCUUGCUAAUAAGCACAAGAAAUUUACCAAACAACACCCAGGUAGAAUAGCUUGAGCAAGUUCGCUUAGUAAGCUGCUAGUGGUUCAGCAGGAAAUAUUAGUCUCCCUUAGCUAACUGGAAAGCUUUGCUGGAACACUACAAAUAUACUAGAGGAAGUAAACAGGAAGAGGGAGAUGAGUUAGAUUCAGUAAAUCUAAAGGUAAACUAGAUAAAAGAUAUAAACUGGAUACUAUCAGCUUCAGUUUAGAAAUCAGAAUAUAGGUUUUUAAGUAGUGUAAAAUGUGAAACAAUUUAACUGAAUUAAAAACUACUGCUUAGAUCCAGACUAAGCUCCCAUUGGCAGGAGUGUCCCAUAUCUGCUCAUAUAGCUCCCUGCAUGCUGGAGUAAUGUGUUUUACAGCACUGCACUGGUUACAAGCAGUUUGUCCCAUUCUGCUGUCUUGUUUCCUGAACUAACAAGCCUUGGGUGGAUGGGUGAGUCAGCAAAUAAAUAAAUAAAUAAAUAAAUAAAUAAAUAAAGUUUUCUCGUUUAUAGGUUAUAUCCCACAUUGAUCAUAUUCAGAAAAGACCCACCAGUAUCUAUUGCUUUUGGUAGGUUUGCUCUGAAUAUGACUUGGUUAAAUAUCACCCAUUUGUAUGUGAAGUGGCUGUUCAAAGAUCACAGAUGUUCAUUUGUUUAAGUACAGUCUUGCCUGAUUUCCUCUUUGUUAGGCAGUCAUUUACCGUAAGUAUUUCUGCUUCAUUUUCCUCCAUUGUAAAAAAAAAAAGGGUGUGAAAGCCAAUGCCUGCUUAUGAUAGCAGUUGUGAUGUUUAAGGUUUGCAAAGUGUAUCACAAAUGUGUAAUUCAUUUAAUUUCUAAAUGUUAGGGCUGGUAGGACAAUUUUCUUAAUUAUAUGGAGGCCCCUUUCUUUAGCUAGUCAUUUUGUUGUUAAAUAGCAGAUUUUCAAUUAGUGGGUGGAUAUGGCUAAUCUAAGUAAUUUGUAGUUUUAACAAAUAUACAUCUGCAUUUUUCUGAGUGUUGAGCUUUUAUUUGAAUUUACUACUCCACAAAGUACGGUGCUGGUAUUUUACCACUGAAUGCUACCGUUCUUGGAUUAAAUUGCCAGAAUGAUAUGUACAGCAGAGGCGGAUUUAGGGGAGCUCGACUGGUUCAGUUGUACUGGGCGUGGAGAUUUAGAGACAUCACAACUAUGAUAUAGAAUGACAGGCGAGAGGUGGGGGCACGGAAUAUUCUCGUCGCACAGGGCACCACUGAAAUAGGAAACUGUAAAGUAUGCCAAUGCACACAGUUUAGUUUACUCUCAUAGAAUUAUAGAGUUGGAAGGGGUCCUGAGGGUCAUCUAGUCCAAUCCCUUGAACCUCUUUGACUAGCCUUGUGGAAAAACAGAAUCCACAAAAGUUAAAGGCCUGCAAAAAACAUUGGUUGCCUCUGGAGGAGAGCCAGCACCUCGUUUCCGUGGGCAACUGUCCUGUGCUGAUGCCUGCCAUGUUCCCCCUUUAAUUCCCCCACAGCCUGGCACUCUGAGCAGCACAAGACAACCCCUUUUUAUUUUCCACAGUGUGCCAUACAGUGUCACUCUGGGGCAUUGUUGGGAAUCAAAAUGGUGUCAGUCCCCUCAGCUGCCUGGCUCUGCUGCCAGGUCAGCCCUUCAGGGCCCACUGACAGAGGAGGGAGCCCAUCAGAUAUCACCUUUGCUGAGAUCUCUGUGCUGCUUCCAGAGGCAUGUCUGAGGAGUACCAGAGGAAUGACAGAGCUCUCGUCAGUCCUUUGCCAAGCUGUUCUCAUUGCCUGGGUGGAAUUCCAUGCACUCGCUUACACGCGGUUCCUGAUCACCUAUCCUAUGGUAACCAGGCUAGUGCUUAAAUACAAGGCUGGACUAUAUAAUCUAAUAUAGCUAGGUAGUCAAAACAUGACUUGGAUUUUGAUUAUUAUAAAUCUCAAUGCCUUUUUUUCCUUUCUAGAGCUGAAGAUCAUUUGUGCUAAGUGGAUAUAAAGUUCACUCUAGGAACGCUCUAAUGGAUGACAGGGAAUCUCCUACAAAUGACCUGCAGUUAAGUUUACAAGGCUCACUUCGUACCGACACACUUGUGGAAAAGAUCAAAGCUUGCUUAGCUUCUUCACCAGAUGAAAAUGAAAAUCAGCUUAAUGGAAGCAAGCACGAUACUCUGAAAAGCAGUGACGACACAAUGGGAAAGGUUGAGCAGGACAGCAUUAAUAAUAAUGAGGACAGUGGAGACUACACGUCCUCCUGCCAAGAAGAUGAAAGCGAUAAGCCAUCUAGAAGCUUCACUGCAGAUGAAAUGCUCAUUUUAGAAAAAGGUGAAUCUGAAAAAAGGAGUUCAAGGAAAACAAAAAGUUCCAGCAGGAAAGGUACAAUAACUUCCACAAUAUACAUUUUAUUACUCAUAGUACAGGCCUUUAACCUGUACUAACCUGUACUUUAACCUAUAACGUGACUUGGGGGUAUCUCAAGUCACUUCUCUACAAGGUCACUACCUUCCCAGCCAACUCUGCAAUCCUGACAGGUGAAGCAUGCACCUAGAAUGCAUUCACCUAGAAGGCAAAAGUUAACAAGCCAUUUUCUUACAAGAGAAAAUAGUGUUGUUUGAAGAGUAAAAGGUAAAGGGACCCCUGACCAUUAGGUCCAGUCGCAGACGACUCUGGGGUUGCGGCACUCAUCUCGCUUUAUUGGCCAAGGGAGCCGGCAUACAGCUUCCGGGUCAUGUGGCCAGCAUGACUAAGCCGCUUUUGGUGAACCAGAGCAGUGCACAGAAACGCUGUUUACUUUCCCGCCGGAGUGGUACCUAUUUAUCUACUUGCACUUUGUGCUUUAGAACUGCUAGGUUGGCAGGAGCAGGGACUGAGCAAUGGGAGCUCACCCCAUCGCGGGGAUUCGAACCGCCAACCUUCUGAUCGGCAAGCCCUAGGCUCUGUGGUUUAACCCACAGCGCCACCCGCGUAUUUGAAGAGUAGAUCCUAUUAAAAUCUAAUUUUUGUUUUCAACUGAUAAAAAUAAUAGGAAGGAAUUUCAGUGUCAUACUGAUUUAAUCGCUCUGUCAGUGCAAGCAUUUCUGCUUGCCAGGUAGAGUUAUCUGCCAGGAAUCUGAGCUGAGAUGCCCAUGUAGCAGAAGUUGCCCCCAGUUCUAGUCGCCACACAGAGGCAGCUUAAGGUCCAAAAUAGUUUAUUUUAUGGCCCAGUUCACACACCACACUCAGGUCCGUGGUUUGCUUCUCUCCCAACAAACCACAACCAAUAUUCAAGCUUUGUUACUGGUUUACAACUUGUAGCUCAUUUUGGGGGGUGAGUAGGCAGUGAGCCUGGAUUCAGACAAAAUGACAGGCCAAACUCUGGCUUGCUUUGUUUAUGGUGCAGUGGCAGCAACAACAGGGGAAGUGUGAGAUGUGAACUCUUGAGCAGCAUGCUCCAACACAUUGUUCACCUUAAACCAUAGUUUGCUUUAAAUGUGUUUAAUUUGACCUAUAAAGCAGGCCAUACAUCAAAUAUAAUAAAUGUAAUGGGUUGAAUACACCUAAACCUUUGAUUUUGCCAUCUGCAACUCCCUUUCACAAUACUUCUUCCAUGAAAUCCGUCACACCCUCUUUCAUAAGGUGUUAGUUAACCCUUUUUAUUUUCUGCCUCUGUAUCAUUUUCUACACUGUAUGAAAUGCAUUCUGUUGAACAUAUUUUUUUUAAUGGCAAUCACUCAUCUUCAUCAUCUGGUUAGAUGGCAUUAUCAUAUUAAGAAGGACUGAACUGGCAAAUACUUGGGGUGUAUAGAAAUGGGUGUAUGAUAAGUUCAUAUUUCCAUUUUUAAUACUGUCUUGUGUACACUAAGUAGAAAGACAGCUAAUAAACUGCUUAAAAUAAGGCAAUUUAGAUUUGCAUAGUUGAAGACUGAAAAGAUACUUUUCAUACAGUCUAAGCUCUACUACAAUGACAAUUUAAAUGUUAAAUUUGUUUUUUUCUUGAUUAUUUUAAGGAGAUACAAACAUGGCAGAAACAAGAUAUCAUAACGUAAGGAUUUGUUGUGCAAGCUAUUUCAUGUAAAACAGAAUCCACCGUAGGCCUUUUUUGCUUAUAAUGGAUGGGAAGCUUAGGUUUGCAUUUUGCCAUCUUAGGUUCACACUUUCCUUCCUACCGCAUGGUUGGUAGAAGAACUCCACCAGCUUUCAGUUUCCCUGUGUUAGCUUGGCCGGUCAUCUGAACUAGGAAUCGUAGAUUAUAACAAAUUCUGGUUAGUUUCAAAGCAUGCCAACUUCAAACUGAUAUUUCUGAAGCUGGCUUCUUAGCCAACACAAAGGGUUUAGGUUUGCUCUAAUUAAUGCAUUCUUGUUCAUUUGACAUGUCAAUCUUCUUGUUCUGAGUUUGUUUCUCACAUAUCAGCUGUGGUUUCUGUGACCAGAUAAAAAUGAGAUGUCACAUUUAUGCAUGUAAAGGCAAUGCAGGUUUGUUUUCAGGAAUGUAGAGAUUUCAAGGGAGGGCAGUGUUUGCACAGUGUAAUAAAUAAGUCAAGGGUUGAGCUGAGCAACAAUCUUCUGUAGUAUCUUUUCCUAAGAAAGAAUAAUAGUGUUGUCUUACAGAUCUAUCUUAGGAACCUAAUUGGGUCAGUUCCAUUCUGAAAAUUCACGUUAACUCUUAAUUCUUACUGUACCAAAAACAAUUUUUGGCGCUGUUCAACAAAUGCUGUAUAUUUAUGUAAAUGUUUAUGAUGUGGAUAAAGAGAAACAGAUAUUUUAGUCUCCCAACAGGUGGAACAGUCAAGUUAAAGAUUAAGCUAGUGAUUGCAAAGGGAUUAGAUGUAGAAUUCAAAACUGGUGAUCUGUGGUGUAUGUUGGAAAACAGAAACAAGAAAGGAGGGAACUUAACAGGUGCUAGGAAAGAGUUUGUAAUGAUGAAAUGCUUUCGUUCUCUGUAUCAGAAAAUGCCCAAACAAUGAGGGCACAUGUUCUUUUGUCUUGUGUUGUAGGUUUGUGUCUUCCAAGGGUAGGUAUAGGUGUUUUUUGUAUUCUAUUCUUUUUAUCUGUGUUGGUGGUGGCUUUUAUAACAGAAUGAUUGUAGUUUUAUAAUUACGUUGAUGAGCCUAGCUUUCAGGUAAUGGUCCUGAGUAAGGGCCAUAAAGGUGGUACUGCUGAAUUUUUUCAGCCUGAACUAUAUUAAUUCAAACAGGAGUGACUUUGGGGAAAUGGUUGUAGAAUUUAGUCAAUAUUUGCAUCAACAACACUGUGAAAUCACUUUCCCAUAAAGUUAAUUUUUUUUCUUCCAUUUUAAGUUUGUUUGUUUGAAUGCCACUUCCAUCAUUAUAUGCAACACUCACAAUUAGCUUUACAAAUGUCUUUGGAAUGUCUGAAAUAUAUCUGAAAGAUAUUCCAAAGCAUGAUAGCACUUUUAAACAAAUGCUAAUUUGGCAUGACACAAACAUAGUGAAGGUCACACGUUGCCAUGAAAACAACCAAUUCUUUUGAAGGUAAUCUUUUUAUGCCAUCUUUAAUACAAUAUUUUAUAGUUUAUUGGAAUAAAUCCUGGCUCUUGUUUCUUUUGCUCCCAAAGGAGCAUUGGUCAAGUACUACUACUAUUAAGCUAUACCCAUUUUGUAGCCAAUGUAGCCUCUUUUGCUACAGCCCAUUUCCCUUCCUAAAAGGCCCUUGACCCCCAGAGUGGCUUUUCAUGGGCUCAGGGAGGAGAGAUGGGAAGUCCCCCGUAUGAGCAGAUGUUUGCUCAUGCAAUUUUGUACAGAACCCUAUAUGUUGAAAUGUUUCUGAGACUCCACAACUGUUCUUGUUGAACACUUCUGCAGCAGCCAAGCAAGAGAAGACUGGCAUUACAGCAACGGGUUCUACAUCAGAUGAAGAUGGAAACAAGACCAAUGCAAACUUUCCCCAAAAGGAUCCAACCCAGACUUUGCAGGCCCUCUUCUCUCUUCUUCGAGAAGAAUUUGAGCAGAUGGAUUCAAGAGUCCUCCCCCUGUGCCUCCAUGAGGUAGUAAAAAAAGACCUACCUUGGUUUCUCUGUGGCCAUACUAUGAGAGAUUUUAUCAGCUGAAAUAAUGGAAAGCCACUGAGUUAGAGUGAGUUAGAGUCUGUCUCAGUGUAAGGCAGCGUCCUAUGUUCCUAGUCCCAUUGAUUUAUGUGGGAGCUAAUUUAGUCUGGAUCCAACCCAUUAGAUUAUUGAGGGAAGUCCAUCAUGCCAUAAGCUUUUGUAGGUCAAAGACUGUGAUGAAAUGUGGAUUGGUCCAUAAAAGUUUAUGGCACAAUAUGUUUGUUAGUAUUUAAGAUGCCAUAGUAGUUAAAUACCCCAAGUAUUUGCUUUCCAGGUGUGUGAGUAUAGAAGGUUAUAAUCCUGAGGACUGUAGCAGAAGUUCUUGAGGCUGGAAAGUAUAUAAACUUUGUGGCUAUAACUCUUACUUCUCUGUCUAUAUAUGUGAUGCUUUGAUAAAAUGAGUAGAAAAUAAAUUUAGGGCAAUCAUCUAUACACGCUUACUCAAAAGUGUAGUCCACUGUGUUCACUGGAACUUAAUCUCAGAUCAGUGUGCCCAGGACUACAAUCUUAAUUUAUUGCAUAUAUGAAACAUCCAAACAUAUAUAAUCUCGCUUCUCACAAAUAGUAUAUUCAGCCAUGGUUCAGGGUACAACAUUCAUGUACGUUUUUGGCAGGAUAUAGAUUCUGAGGUGGUUUCUGGAGGAUGAUAUAAAGGGUGAUAAUGGUAUAAUAAAUAUCUGAAAAUGUUAGUUGCUUCUUUGCUUUCUGUUGCAGAUUGCUGAAACGUAUUUUCAAGAUGGAGAAUGUAUCCUUUUUGAAAUCAAGAUUGAUUUCUAUGCCAUUGCCCUCAGCAUAUGGCUGAAGGUUUCCUGCAACAGGUCUGGUUAAAGCCAAAGUGGAAAAAUUAUGAUUAUUUAAGUGCAGUUAUUCAGAUUUCUUAAUUUCCAGGGGACACACCUAUAAAUAUUAAAUUGUUAUCUCAAAUGUGUAAAGAACAGUGUAAAAAACAAAAAACAAACCACUAAGGUAUUGUUCAUGAGCCAUGAGUGUACAUGAGCUUGUUCAAUCUAGCAUAAGAACUUGAAUCUAAUAUAGGAGGUGCUUGCAUUUAGUCAGGCUUUGCAUAGAUUCACUGUGGUAUAGUGGUUAAAGUGCUGGACUAAGACCAAGGAGACCAGGGUUCAAAUCCCCACUCAGCCAUGUAACAUGUUGAACUCGAUGGCCCUUGUGAUCUCUUCCAACUCUAUGAUUCUGUGAUUCUAUAUGUCAGGAGUGCUCUGAUGGUGUUUCCUGCUUGGCAGGGGGUUGGACUCGAUGGCCCUUGUGGUCUCUUCCAACUCUAUGAUUCUAUGAUUCUAUAAGAUGUUUAUAGCUGCUUUGAUUUUCCUCUUUUGCACUUGCAGUCUGAAGAGAUUAUGUUGGUGGUAUUUGCUUGCUUUCGCCCCUUAAUUCUAGCUGUGCGAUCAAAAACUGAGAAGCUUUUACCCUUGAAAGAGAAAUUUAUUUCAUUUUUGAAUUUGGUCAUUUGAAGAAAUAAGAGCUUCCAGGUGGUACUUGGUUGUAUUUUUUCCAUUAAAUUGAGUAACUUUAAAUGUGAAUGGCAAAUUACUGCUGGAAACACCCAUCCUAGAGAAUUCAUUGCCCAAAAAAGGAAAACUUUCUGACUACAGGGGGGAAAGAUUAAGAGAGUUGAUUAUGGGGUCCAUGUAGCAUGUGCAUGCCAAGUUUUGAGCACAAUUAUACAUUAUCUAUGCUGUGCUUUUUUCGGGGGGGGGUGUACGCAGGGGUAUGCAUACCCCUAAACAUUUUAUGAAUCUAAGUUUGGCCUCAUUGAGGGACAGUAUUUCAAUAUGAGUAGGAAAAUGAGAGUACCCCUAAACAUUUUUUUUAGGAAAAAAACACUGUCUAUGCUCGACUGUCAUUCGGUGUCUGCAUUUUCCUUUAGUUUUUCAUUCAGACGAGAAAGCCAUGAAAUUUAUUCAGCUUGAACGGUUAUAUCAUGAGCAACUACUUGCGAAUCUUUCUUCUAUACAACAACAGUGGGGUAAGUGUGUCAUAUAGUUGGGAAAUCUCUUGCUUUUAUUAUAAUAGAAUAAGUUUUGGGUUGCAGAAUAAAAAUAGCUGCACAUUUCCCUAGUGGUGACUGUUGUGUGUAGGCACAGUGAUCAGUGGUGGUUCUUUAUUUUAUCAUGAUAUAUUUUCCUUGAAAAGGAACAUCAUUAUUUUCAGUCAGGUUUCUGGCUUUUAAUGGACCAUUGCAGUUACUCUGUGCUGUAAUUUUUGUUUUUCCAUUAUGUUGAAUCCUCUUUGUCUAGAGACUAUUCAAAACAUUUUGCUUUUGAAGACACUGAAAUAUUUUUAAUAUACAAAAAUAUAAAAUGAUUAUGUGUUGUUGCAGAAAAAAAAUGGAAAGCAGCAGCAUCUAACGAGGUUCCAGCUCUAAAACAUUCUGCUAAAGUCCUGAAUAAUGAAGAGUUAGACAAACUAGCUAAACUUUGCACAUCACAUCAAGAGUAAGUAAUAAAAACAAUACUGGUUCAAUUAGUUCAAUUCUCUUUUUGUGUGUGUUUAGGUGCACUCAGGGAUUGUGUGGCCCUAAUGAACACUUGUCUGUUUUCUUUGAAAAGCAGAAUAAAGUGGUUGAAACUGUUCAGAUUUUCAAAAGCCAUUUGCCAACUUAGCACAAAGAGCUGAUGCUCAAAGGGAGAAAAUGUAAAAAGAAAACCCAAAACACUAAGCAUGAAUUCUGGACUGUGACUGGAUUUUUAGAUUAAUUACUUUCCUUUGUUUGCUUGUAAUACUUGUGCAUUGUUGUAUUUCUUGAUAAGAAAAUUUAAAAAUAAAAUUAUUAGAAGAUGAAAUUGCCAAAAUCUUCAUGGUCUCAAUUCAAAUAUCAUGUUAGGAAUCCUCCAAAACAACGGUUUGGAAGAAUAAGGAAUAUACAAUGGGCUCUUUUUUUUCCCAAGGUUGCCUAACCUUAGUUUUGCUGUGACAGUUGAAUCAUGCAAACUGUGUUUAACAUUAACCAUGGUUUCCACAUCUUAACUGAUUGCUAUGAUUAGUGCUAACCAGAAAGGGGAAGAUGAAAUUGUCAUGUGACAGAGGAGGUUGGAUCACAUGGUUUGGAAGAUCACUAACCGUUUACCCAAAUUAACUGCUAAAGAUAAACGUUUUAAAUUCAAAGUUUGGUGCCUGAAGUAUUUCAAAGUUAAUCAAACGUGAAGGAGACUCCCACUUUCACAAAAGCAUGCUUUCCUUCGCCAUACGAGCAUACUAAUUUUAUUUAUUUUUAUUUCAUGUGUUCUUAUACCACUUAAGACGGUCUCUGAUGAGUUAACAAAAUAGCAAAUACAAUAUGAAUAUGUAAGAAACAAUGAAACUGAGAAACUACAAUAUAAUACAAUGCACCGUAAUACAACUACAAUAUAAAACAGUAAGAUGCUCCCAAAAUAAAAUCAUAGCAGCACAUUUUGAAAACAUCUUAAGAUCCAGGGAUCCUUUUCCUCUUGUCAAAGGCACAUUCUAGCUCAAAACAUGCAAUACUCCCCCCACUAACGUAUCACACCCAAUUCUGACUCAUACAGGUAACUUGCAACUUGCACACAUUUAACUUGUGAGCAUUACGAUUUACAUGCUUGGCAGGAAAAAAAUGGAAAGGGUGUGUGUUUCUGGGAAAAAUGACUUUGGCAAUCCCACCCACCAUUGAACUCAAUGUGUUUUCACUGUACGUGAUUUUGGCUUUACGUACUAUCCCCAGAACGCAACCCCCAUGUAUUUGAGAGUGGCCUGUAUUUACAUAAAUCAUGUAAUAUAUGUUGCUCAUUCAAUAUCAUUCUAUUUACACAACUCACACAAAUCUACCAGUACACAUAAGUACAGUACAGUGGUACCUCUGGUUACGUACUUAAUUCGUUCCGGAGGUCCAUUCUUAACCUGAAACUGUUCUUAACCUGAAGCACCACUUUAGCUAAUGGGGCCUGCUGCUGCCGCCGCGCCGCCGGAGCACAAUUUCUGUUCUCAUCCUGAAGCAAAGUUCUUAACCUGAGGUACUAUUUCUGGGUUAGCGGAGUCUGUAACCUGAAGCGUAUGUAACCUGAGGUACCACUGUAUACCAUCUACCCAGUUUUAAUCUCUGUUCAGUAUGGUUCAGAGUCGGUUUCCCACUAUUUCAGCUAUAAUUGUUCCUGUUUCUUCACUAUCUUCUAGCCCAAAUGCUUGCACCCAGAGAGUAAGAACUCAUUGGAAUCACUAAGUUUCCAGACCAGUCCUAGAGUGGAGCAGAUGAUAUUUGCUCCGGGGAUGAGUUAGUCACCAGCACACAGUUCUUUUUACAGACAGCUGGCUUGAGGCAGUUGGAAUGCUCACAGCCGCCAAUGUCAGUAGUGAUUCUUGCUGGCUGUGCCUGCAUGGUGGUCUUGGUAAUGCACACCAGGUCACACUCAAAUCCAAGAUCAAAGUGUGGAUUAUAUUUGCUUGAUCAGGAAUUAAACAGCUGCAGACUUCAUGGGUGACUGACAGAACUUUUUGGGUACAAUGAAUUGGAUGGAAAGCCAGAAGAGGACACAGGCUCAAAUUGUCUGCCCAGUCCCCUUCUUACAGGUACCAUCCAACUCCAUACUUAUUACGUAUUGGAUCAUGUUACACCUUUUCUGAGUCAGUUACAUUGGCUGCCUAUUAAUUUCCAGGCCUAUUUCAAGGUGCUGGUUUUUGUCUUAAAAGAAUAGUUUGGGACCACAUUAUCUGAAGGAUCACCUACACCUGCAUGAACUUACCCAAGCAUUAAGAUAAUCAUUGGAGGCUCUGCACACUGGCCACCAGCAAGAGCCAUCAAUGGUGGUCCCACAUCUUUAGAUGUAAUAAUAAUAAUUUAUUAUUUAUACCCAGCCCAUCUGGCUUGGUUUUCCCAGCCACUGUGGGCAGCUCACAACAGAAUAUUAAAAACACCAUAAAACAUCAAACAUUUAAAAACUUCCCUAAACAGGGCUGCCUUCAGAUGUCUUCUAAAAGUCAGAUACUUGUUUAUUUCCUUGACAUCUGAUGGGAGGGCAUUCCGCAGGGCGGGCACCACUACUGAGAAAACUCUCUGCCUGGUUCCCUGUAACCUCACUUCUCACAGUGAGGGAACCGCCAGAAGGCCCUCGGCACUGGACCUCAGGUGUAAGGCAGCUUCACAUAUUUAACAAUGCAGAAAGGGUCGAACUCUAAUACCGAUUACCCCAAUACCAGUGCUGGGAGCACACACCAAAUUUGCUAAGGGGACAGGGCUGAGUGGAGGGUCAGUCAAAUAGGCCAGGAGAGCUUAUGACAUGUGAGGAAGUAAGUAUACAGGAAUCUUACUUCCACAAAGGGGAAAGGUUGGUACAAAACCUUUUCCCCACCUUCCACGUUUCUGCUUGACAGGUUGCCUAUCAUGUCUCCUAUAUGCCACUUUGAUUUUGUUUCCUCCUAUUACCCUUUCUCACCUCCAUCAGGUCCCUGCCCUUUCCUUAUUACCUGCCACUGUUCCAACCUUCCAAUAUUCCUGCUAAAUUACCUUUCUCUACCCUAGUUCUCCGGUCCCCAUACUUUACUCUUAUUGCUGUAUCCUUCACCGUUCCAUUCAUUUACUGGAUGAAUUGUCCACUGCUGCCUUCCUUACUUCCCACCCCUUCUUUUCUACCAUUAUUAACACUGUCACACAAACCCCCAAAGUAACUAUUUAAACUCCAGCCCAUGUUUAAUGAGAAAUGUAUUUUUAGCUAUUAGAUUUCUGGCUGCCCCAGAAAGCCUCUUCUUCUCCAAUGUGAGGAUUGUUUAAAUGGGUUAGGGGCUGAAUACCCUGUCUGGUUUUCUGAGUUCCAUUCCCAAUUGCAUGAGCACUGGAGAUUCUCCCUCUUCCACUCACGUCCUGCCUUCCCUGUUGAAAGCUGUUCUGGAAAACUCACGCUGGCCAAAAUUAUGUCCUUGGCAUGACUUGGCUUCUUUUGUGCUGCUGCUAUGAGGUAGACUUUUUCCACUGUUCUUUCUGGGCACUACAGUACUGUAGCAUAAAAGCCUAAGAGUGACGUAAUAUAAAUAUCACCCUGGCCAAAAAUUCACUAGGCGGCUUUCAGACAAACCACUCCCAACCCCUGUCUGAAGUAUGGGGAUAAUACUGGCCUACAUUACAGGAUUGUUGUAAAGUUUAAUGAGAUAGCAUGUGUUUUGGGGAAAUAAAAAUAUCCAGUUUUGAGCCUUCUGUAAUAGUCAGUGUACUGAUCUUUAGCUUUCUGUGUGUUGUAGAUAUCCACUGUAAUGUGGUGGGCUUAGAAUGGGGAGAUGCAGGUUUAAAUCCCUGCUCUUCCUUGAAGCUCACAGAGCAAUCCAAACCCCUUUGUUCCAGGCAGGAAUGGGGUAGAUUGGUUAGAGAUAUGGCUUCAUGCUGGCUGCAGAGUGAUGCCAGUGUCAUUCUGCUGAUGAGGGGCUCCCCUUUCACCUGCCAAAUGUGUGGGCUGGCAGAUGUGCCAGUGCCAGCAUACCUGCUGGUGGCAGGCAGCAGAAAGCCCCAAAACAGGACAUUCCAAGGGUGAAGGCAGGGCUGAGCUGGCUGGGGAACCACCUGGGCCCAAACUGGCCCUCCUGCCAUCACAUGACAGCAUAGAGUUCAAUCUGGUUCUGAUCGAAGGGCAAUCUGCCUGCCCUUCCACUUCAAUCACUAUGCACAGCAGGGCUAUGGAUGCAGUGCUGGUCCCGGCACCCCCAUUUAGCUCUGCUGGGAAGACGGGUAGUUGGGAUGGCUCCCUAAGUAUCUUCCCCAAGCUCACCAUCUCAUAAGUGAAUCAUUCUCACAAUGCUGUAAAGAUAAAAUUGCUUUGGGGGGGGAGAAGUUACUUAUGCUGCUCUGAGCUCCUUGGAGCAAGGGUGGGAUAGAGAGUUAAUAGAUGUGAAGGUGAUGGACUACAUGGAAUUGGCAGAAAUGACUGGCAGAAUCUGAGACCAGGGAGAAGAGUAGGUGGAAGAAGAUUGGAAGAAAUUUAAAGACUAUUUACAGAAAUACUGCAAAAUUAAUGAAUGUUAGAAUGAUGUUGGAUUGAAGUUAAGUGGUUUUUAGCUGUAAUGGUAUAAAAGAAUAUGAAAAAAUGGAUUUUUAACAGGUAAAAAUUUAAUGCUAUAAUAUAUUAAGAUUAAAGAUCAGGAUAAAACAAAGAGGGAAAGGAUUUGCUGAACUAAUAAAUUGAACUGGAAUACAAAAAAGGGAGGUAUGAGGAGGUCCGGGAAACAAGCAAAUGAAAGAUAAGUGAUGGAAAGAUUGAAUUGUUUUUAACUAUUUUUAUUUUGUAUUUUUUCUUUUUUUUCCUUUUCAUUUUGUAAUAUUGUGAAAACCCUAAUAAAUAUUUUUUUUAAAAAAAAUAGAGAGUUAAUAGAUGAGUCAGUGUGGACGGGGCAUUGUUAUUAUGGAUCAUAAACUGUUAUUCCGCUAGUUGCGCUAAGAUCCAAGAGCAUGGCUGUGUUUAAUGUUAUUUUACUUAACAGUCACAAUAUUUUAAAAGUAAGUGUUACAGGUCUAUAGUUGCAUUUAUCACAUCAGAGGCUCCAGUAAUGAGAGGUUUCUUUGUCACAUGCACCAGGAAUUGCUUCCAGAACAUUUAACUCCCCCACUUCCAACCCAAAAAAUGAAAUCUCUCUGCAGUGCAUUUGAAGCCGCUUCCCACUGUUUCAGAAUUUGCUUGUCAAGUGCCAUAUUGAGGGAGAGAAUUCUUAGAGUGCCAGUGUGGAGUAGUGGCCAGAGAGCUGGAUGCAAUCCAGAGAGACCUGAUCUUACAUAACCUCUUGGCCAUGAAACUUAUUGGGGAUCGUGAUUGUUUGAGGACGCUGUUCCGAGCUGCUUGGUGGAAAGGCAGUGUAAAAAUGUGAUAUAUAAGUGACAAUAAAAUGAAGGUGCUUGGGUGUCAGAAGCACUGUUUUGCAUGCAGAACUCACCGUGCAGCUCUGGACUGCAUUGUGGACAAAUUGCUUCUUGUCAAUGGUAAGAAUUGUGUGCAGUUAACAUUUUAAUAAUCACCUAUGUUUGUCUUUAAGCUUUUAUUUUUACUUUAUAAUUUGUUUUAUUGGAAAUAGGCUCUUGAAGUAUAAAGCACAACAUUUAAAAGGUUGAGCUGUCCUGCCAGUGUUGUGAUUUUUAUGGUUUUCUUCCACUUUUUAAAUAUGUUGCUAUUUCUGUGGAAGACUAGAAGAUUGAGCAAAAUGGGGAAACUGAGUGUGCUGCCUAUGUGCUGCAAAAUAUUAGGAGAGGCUAGUUUUUCACAGCUUCCCAUCCACACCUAACUCUCUUGUGUCGCUAGAAACAGGAAGUAGUGCUAUUCAGGUGGUACUUUCAGUGAUCUAAAAAGCACUGUUAAUUCCUUUGAGUGGUCAAUUUCAAUUCAGGACAAUUUUUUGAAAGCUGAUACAUUUGUAUAAACACAUUCUAUAAGAGCACUUCUUGUAUUGAUUUCACCACUUUUACUGCCUUAUGGGCCGUUAAAUAAUAAUUGGCAGUUUGUAAUGACGUUAGCAUAUGGUCUGGCUCUGUGCUUUAAAACUAUGCUGGCACAGAUAGUGUUUCAGUGUUGGAAACUUCUGUGCUAAUAUUAGAGCAUGGAAAGAACUAAUCUGAUUUGUCGUCUAGUUUUGAUGAUGUUUUUUGUGAAUAAUAUUUUGGUGGAAGCAGCUGUUUAUUUUGUAUUUUCUUUUUUGGUUGCAGGCCGCUGGUCUUCCGAAGCAAGGUAAACUGUGAAGUUUUUUCUUGGCAUAGUUUUACAAGUAAAUGUCUGGGUGUUCUAUAAUGUGCUAAAUGUAAUGUGUAGAGCUUACACUGCAUAAUAACCUGUACUGCAUGAAAUGAAACAAAAACAAAAUUCAGUAAUAGGAAUUCUGUUGUGUUUUUCAGCUAAUAAGUAAAGAAAAAUCCCUGAAACGUGAGAGUUUUGUAGGGUUAAGGAUAUCUGAAGAUCUUAAGGAAAGAGGUGCAGCUGCAUGUGAUUCAGGUAUCCCUCUUGUAAAUCUUUUCAGUUUUAUUUUUAAAACAUGUCAGUGUUUAGAAAGCUUUAAUUUAGAAUAGCACUAGCUAGGCAUUUUUCUAACAAGAGUAAUAUAAGAAGGUGAUUACGUUUUUGAUGCCUUAGACUUCUCUUAGAAAACAGCAGAACAUAGGAAUGAGAGUAGCUCAAUUGUUACAGCAUGAAACUCUUGAUCUCAGGGUUGUGGAUGCGAGCCCCACAUUGGGCAAAAGAUUCCUGCAUUGCAGGGAGUUGGACUAGAUAAUUCUCAUGGUCCCUUUCAACUAUACAAUUUUAUGCUUCUGUGUGAGCAGUGGCUUCAAAUAAUAGACCUCAUUUCCUUAACAUUAAUCGCUGUCCAACUUCUGUACAUCCACCACUGUUGCUAAAAUUAGCAUGGAAAUAGAAAAAGAGGCUAAAGGUGGCUGUGGAGCAGUCGGCUGCAGAGAUGUUGUCUGCCUGGAUGUGUACCUGCCUGCUGCCUACAGAUUUUAGCCUUCUCCUUGCUGGUGUGUGGCAUGCUUGAGGGUUGAAAAGACUGUAUAAUCAAGGAAUCCUAUACCCAGUAUAAGAGUCAGCCCCAUUGCCGUCAUUGUGAUUUACUUCUGAGUACAGGACUGCAUGGUAAAUCAGUUGUGAAUUCCAACCACAACGUGGGAUCAUUAGCAAACAAUGGUUUUCUGCUUGUGAGUAUAAUUAACACCUUUGGUAAAGGGACAUGGCCAGUGUGCCUGUGAUCUUGAGGUGGAAGUAAAACUGGAGCUUUUCCAGUUAGCCCAAGGAAGGCUCUGCUGAUUCCAAAGUGCCCUAAAAUCAAAUACAGUGGUACCUUGGUUCUCGAACGGCUUGGCUCCCAAACAAAUCGGCUCACAAACGCCACAAACCCGGAAGUGCGUAUUCCGGUUUGCAAACGUUUUUCGGAAGCCAAACGUCCGACGCGGCUUCCGAAUGAGUGUAGGAAGCUCCUGCAGCCAUUCGGAAGCCGUGCCUUGGUUUUCGAACCAUUUCGGGAGUCAAACGGACUCCCAGAACGGAUUAAGUUUGAGAACCAAGGUACCACUAUAACCAGGGAGACUUUGUUGAAUGCCUUGGUAUCAACUUCUCUUCAUCAACACAAGCUAGUUGUGUUAGAUAAUUCUUGUUUAGACGUUUCCCUGUGCUAGCUUUUUCUCUGUGACUAUUUUCAGCACAGCUAGUAUACAGAAACCUAAGCUGCUCCCUAUGCUGUCCUCCAGUACUGAGGUCAUGCAAACAAAAUGGUGGUGCCAGCAAAGCAGUAUAUUUCAGCACGACAAUGUAUGAAUCCUAAUCAAUCAAUUCACUAAAGAUCAGGAACAUGUCCUCUCGCUACGAUCACAUUUCAUCUCAGGCAACCUCUUAGCCUCUUUGACCCCUUUAGUAAUAUCUUGUUUCGCUUCCUUGUGGUCUGUGUUCUUCAGGUCCUCUCUUCACGCCUCAUAUAUGUGGCCCCCUGGUAAUGUCAUCAGCGGUUAAGUUACAUGUAUUUGUCUCAUCACAUUAGCAGAUGUUUGUUCCCAAGCAAGCUCUGAUCUGCUGAUUGCCACACUGUGUGCAGAAAAGGUUUUUGCUAGACAGUGCAUCCCCUUAGCAUCCAGGCCUCCUGAGGAGGCUUACAGCCCUACUAAGGAAGUUUCUUUUGUCAGUGCCUUUUGGUGCGCUGAAGGAAUGACUACUUCACGCUAUAGAGGCAUGACCAAUGCUUUUGUUGUGCAGAUCUUCAAGUUUCCACAACAAAGCUUCUAGUUGGAAAAGAGACUCUUCAAGUGCAUUUUUAUCUUUCUACGUAGAAAAUGUCAAAAUAUCUAUUUGUUCUUAUCAAUAAUUAUGUUGUUCUGAGAAAUCUUAAUGGUUCUGUCCUCACGUGACCUUAUGGGAAGGUAGCCAAGUUUUUGUGCUUGCAUUUCUAUGUAUCUGUUGCUCUAAAACUUAUAAGCUUUAUCUAAAUAUGGUAUGGAAACUGAGCCUAGCAUUUUAUUCCCUAAGGUUUCUGGUUAUGCUUUGCUGCUGAAUAUUUUUUUCUCUACAUGAGAGAUCUUUUUGCUUUGGCGGUACUUUUCAUUCUAUGAGGUUGUUGUUUUUUAUUUUAAAAAAGUAUUUAAAAUAACCAUGUGAGACAGGUUGCGUCAAUGAAUAGGAUUUUGAGCUUUUUCUAGACCCCUUGGAUGGCAUGUAUCUCCAUCAUCUCCUCCUUGUUCUGUAUCUGUCGAUGCUACACAGGUAUCCUGGUGUGAUGUACUACAUCGGGGCACUGCAAGCAUUGGUUCAAAACACAAGAUACUGUUAUCACUUAAGAUCAUUUCCAUCCACUCUAUCAAAGUAAACUUUAAGGGAGCCAUCCUAUGGCUGAUGGCCUAGUUGUAGCAGAAAGUUCCUCUGCCAUUGCUCCUUCACUGCUGAUGGCAGUAAGGAGUGAAAAGGGACCUGUUGGGUAGACCAGAAGAUGCCUCCCAUUCCCUUGACACACAUACCUAAACCAAAUAACUAACCACAGAGCUGUCAUAGUUAAUUUGUUUAGAGUCAAUGGGAGGGAAAUUAGGAAACAUCUGUAAAUAGCAGCAGGUGGGGAAAGAACAAGCAGCUCCCACCUGCAAGCUGGCAGGGCUUAGGAAUCAGUGGCUUCUCUGCCAAGAAAUCUUCCUUCCCCUUCCCCCCCAGCCUUUACUCUGCCCAAUAACAACCCAUUGCAUAGUUAAAUAUACUUUUUUUAAUGGUACCUAUACAUACUUAGUGGUGCAUAGGGCUGCAGCAGUAAACAUCAUGGAGAUUUUAUAAUCUUUCAUAUGAAGGUUUUUUAAAAAUUUCAGUAAACAGUAUGGUUUGUACCUUUUUAAUUAUAGUUACUGAAGCUACCAUUAUAUUUUUAGCAACCAAUAUUCAUCACAGUUUCCCUUUCCUUUAAAAUGUUUAAAGCAAUUUGUAAUUUCUGUAUAAAAUACUUAAGUGAAAUCAAGCCACUUAGUGCCAAAGCCAAAGGAAAACUUGCAGAUAUGUAACUAAUCACACCCUUGUUCAGCAGGGUAUGUAGAGGUGUCUUAAGUGCUCUAAAAGUCAAUAGAAAACAAGUUAGCUGCUUCACUUUAACUAUGAUUUGUAUUUUACACAUGAAAAUUAGUAGAGCAGAGCAGUUGUUGCCAGACAGGAAUUCAGUCAAAACAUUAACGGGUAGUGCUAUCAGGUUGCUGAUUUUUCUUCUUCUUCUUUUUCCUACAGUGCUGAAGUAUUGAAUCACUUCUAAAUGCUUGAACUCUUUCCCUGUUGCAUUAGAUACUCAGACUUGGCCUGGCGCUGAACCAAAGAAAGAGAACAAUCGCAAAGAGAGUGAGAGGUGUGAGAGCUUCCAACCCGAAAAGCGUCAUAGGCUUGAAGAGAAGGCAAGUCUUCGACUCUCUGUGGGGAAGCACCACAUGGAGGAGGAGCGCUGCAAUGAUGAAUCAACACUGGAGCCAGCCACCCAGCCCACAGAGACACUGGGCACGCCUCAGCCAGUCUGUUUAUCUACAAAGGAUGCUAGUGAAGAUGACAGUCUGCAGCCAAGAGAAGAGCAGUUCUCUGAGGAUGUAGCAAAAAUAGAAGCAGCUGCUGAGGAGCCUGCAGCAGAGUGCUCUAGUGAGCCAAUGGUAGACACAUUGGUUUUGACAGAGGCCGAUUAUAUGCCUCCUGAUCUAAUUCCCUCAGAUGAAACUGUUCAGUCUGAACAAAACUUACUCAGGUCAGCUGGCUCUAUUGUGAUUUCCAGUACUCCGUUGGGGAGCAACGUAUUAAACAAGCACCAGCAACAGACAGCUUAUGGAAGUGAUAAGAAAUCUGUGCAGGGCAGAACAUCAGACAUUACCGGGGAUGUGCAUGCUGAAGGUAACAUGCCUGAACUGGACAGUGUUCCAUAUGAAGGGAUACAGGAGGAAACAGCAGUACUGGAAGAGGAAGGUGAAAAUGAAGAACCAGAAGACCUCUUUGAUCGGUUUUUAAAUGGUUGCAUAACAGACAGAGAGGAGUCCCUUAAAUGCCUAGCAAGCCAAGGGGACUCCGAAAUUCUUCCACAUAUGCCUCCUGAACAAGCACUUUAUAGUUCACCGGAAGGUUAUUCACUGGAUGAAAGCUUUUCUUCACUUGAUGAACUUGCAAAACGAAUAGAGAUUGCAGAGGUAAACACUGGCAAAAAUAACUUCCAACACUGUUGGCACUAUUUGUGGUUUAUAUUAUUUGUGUUCUCUAGCAUAAAAAAAGUAGUGGUUUUUUUCCUGAAAAGAAGCCAUGUUUAGGAGGAUGUGUUGUUUAUUUUUCCUUUCCAAGUUUAUUGAUUAAGUUUUAGGUAAGUAAAGUUUUCUUUAUGAAAAAUAAGAGGAUAAAAUAAAUAAACUUAUGCAUCUUAAGAGGCCAAACAGUAGCAAAAGUAAUCAUGAGGAGGGGGCGCAGAAUGAAAAAAGCUCUCUGGGGCAUUUGUAAAAAAAUACUUGAAUAUUUCAGACCUUUUUGCUUUACCUUAAACUGAGGUUAACAAUAACAUUUCAGUUAUUCUAGUCAUGGCUGGCUGAUGAACAAUCGUGAGUGUAUUUUAUUCUCUUUGUGAGAAUAUAUUUGGUUCUACCAUUGCUGUUUUAAGUUGAACAGCAAGAAAAUGGGCAGAAUGACUUCGCAAAGGAGUUUUAAGCUAUUCUGAUUGAUGUACCGUUGGUAAAUGAAAGGCCUGAGGAUAUAAUGGCUUAUCCUUUUUACUGCUGUUCCAAAGCACAUAGUGCCAGCAUCAGAAGUCAGAGAUUGAGACAGAACACACCAUACUUUUAUAGCUGACUGACAUAUUUGAGGUCACAGUGUACUUCUGGGCAUGCUAAAUGAAUCAUCUAGAAUAUUGUUCACCAAAGGCCAUCUAUUAUGCACUGCUCUGUAAAAGGUUGAAGGAAGAGAGCUCUCUGUUUAGUUCUGCCUCCCCCCCUCAAAACUCUUUUGAAGGCAAGAUUGAUCCCUAAGGCUAACUGUCAGAAGUAGAAUAAAUAAACUUGUCUUCAGUAGUCAGUCAUUUCCAUUUUCGUCCAGUAGCAGUGGCACAGUUUGUUAACUGGAACAGCACAGCAAAGAGAUGUGUUUGUUUUUGAAGUUUAUUAGCAAUAUUUUAAACAUCCUUCUUAUAAACCUUCAGUCUUAAUACCUAGUUUAUGGGUAAGGAUUACAAUUGGAUACAUUUAUUAUCUUCUCUCAUUUUUUACCAUGUCUCAAGGGAGUAUUGUAUACAGCAAAAAUCUGCUCCAAAAUUGCAUCAACGUCUAUAUUUCUAAAUACUUAAGAGGAAAGCCAUCUUUUAUGUUACACUUGCUAAACUUCAGUAUCCAUAAACAUAGUGAGCCCCGCACCCCAUGUUUAUUUAUUUUUUGCAUUUCUAAGUACCAUUUGAAUGCCAUUCGUUCCUACUUCCCCUCAUCUUAUGUUUACUGUAAGAAGGCAAAAGCUGAUGAUACAGUGUUCUUAUGGGAAACAUUAUGUAAUUCCAAACUAGGUUUGCUGUUCUCUGGGCUCUGACUUCUUAGCAGGCAGACUUUGGUCUCUGAAGAGGGGACAGAGAGUACCUUGCAUCAUUCAAUAGCAAUCUCUCCAGGCCAAAUAUGGAGUAAUAUUGGCUCUCUUUAGAGGGAGUUUGUUCCCUAGGCUGUGUCAACUGGAGGUAUGUGUUUCAGAGAUACAUAAAUCAAGGAAAAGCAAGGGGGGGUGUUGGAGCAGGGCUAUAUCUUGUACUAUGUAAGACUCUGUAAUGUUCUGGCUUACCUGCCUUGGCUAUGCAUUUGCAGGGGAAGCAAGAGCAAUCCAGUAGUUUUAUUAGGUUUCCUGUUUUAUUCUGAUCAGAUUUACAAGCAUCAGGACUGGAGUUGGUGUAGUUGGGCACCCGCCUAGUUUCACAUGACCCCCAAAGCCUUCGUCUCGCUUUUGCAGUCUGUUCACCUGCUCUCUCCAAGCAUGUCAGCAGUGACAAGAGCAAAGAUCAGGAGAAACCUUCACUUGCCUUGCUCUCUUUUUACAGGCAGUGGUGUGAUUUGGGUACAGAGAGUGAGAGGGACAGCGACUGGGUAGGCCCAUUUAGGAAUGGGACCCCACUGAGGGAGCCUUAGCCAAGGACCCUCAAAGGCUGAUAAGAAUAAUUGGUUGAAGCCUGUGAGUGAUCAGCUGUUCAGUAUUCAUUGUUUUUAGAAUUUGACCUUUGCUUUGUUUAGUUCAUAAAGACAGGGGAAUUUUCUUGACUCUAGCAUUAAAAGUAAUGUCAGUAAAGAUUCUGUUGACAUUUUAACACAUAAUUUGACCUUUGACCCACCCUAAUGCUUGAUCUGCAUGCAUGUUCAGCAUGAAGCAUUGAAAUAUGCUGUAUCAGGAUGAGAAUAAUGUGAUGGACAAUGACACCCCACUCAGCUAAUCUAUGGAAAAUAGAUUAUUGUCCACAUGUAAUGCUCAGAAAGCAAAUCUUUGUGUGAAACUGUUGGUGUGGGGGAAACCAAAAGCAUGCCCAUACAUUAAAACAGUCUGCAAGAUAUAUAUGCACACCCCUUAUUUGCUUGAAAGUAAGACCCAUGAUGUCCUGGAGGCUUACUCCAAGUUAGCAAACCUUCAUUAUUUCUAUAAGUUAUGGUUGUCUAUUGUAUCCAUGCUCAUGCAUUGCACAAUGCAAUUCCAAAGUCAAGGCAGGGUAAUAGCAAAUUACUAGGAGCUGAAAGUUUAUUUUCAGAUAAAUGAUACAUGUUCCAAGUUGCUUGGAAUAUGGAACAUAUUAUGAAGCCUUUAAUAUUGCCAGUUGUCUCCAUAUCAACAGCUAAUACUCCAGGGUGCAAUCUUCCUGUUAGGGUUUAUAUUAUUAUGUAAUACAAUCAAAAAACAACGAUCAAUGUUUUGUUUCUAGCCUGACCACAUCAAAUUAUAAUAGCAGUAGCAUGUGCGCAGCAGCAGCCUUGAAUGUUGAAUAAUUCAUAAAGUAUUAUUAAUGGUUUUGCCAAAAUAGCACAAAUAACUUCUCCCUCUUCAGAGACAAGCUACUAACAUCUCUGCUCUGUGUACUUGUGCUUUUAGAAGUUCAGCUUAUUGAUUUUCUCUUUUCAGAUAGAACUAAAACUAUUAAUACCAGAAGUAUGCAUUAGAGACAUUAUAAAAAUGUGCUUUGUAAUUGUGCGUUUUGCUUUCAAGAUUGCGCCCAUUCUAAUGCUCUGUUACAUUCCCAGCAUCUGAGCAAGGGGGCACUUGUGUGGCGAAAUGGCUUCCAACCUGUGCAGCAGUAGCCUGUAUGCGUCACAGAAGAAUCAAACUGUGUCUGAAUUUAUCCACACAAGCAGCUGAAAGUGGGCCCUUCACUGGUCUCGCACUUUCCUCAGUCUGCCUCACUAUUCUCCUUUUAUUGCUGGAUGAUAUACCACCAUAGCAGGGAAUGACUCUCACCAACUAUGUAGUCUCAAAAUAAAGUGUCAGGAAGCUUUUGAGCACGCCCAAGGCAGUGAGUCCAUCUCAAGUCUCACUGCAAAAUCUGAAGAUUUGCUUUGUGGGUGGAAACUGAGAAGGGUUGUCUUCACACUUUAUCAUGAGACUAGUCACUUUCAACUCUUCUGUCAGCCAUUUCUUUGCAUAAUGAGCUUUGGUGUUAGUCACAGUGUGGUAGGGGCUGAUGUGAUUGUAUCAUUCAUGAGAAGUGAUGUUGUUAGCAUUAUCCAGUAAGGAAUUGUAAUACUCAUGUGGUCAUUUUCCAGACAGCAGAGAGUUACAUUGUGAUUUGAGAGUUGUAGUAAGUACAAGAUCCCUUAAAUCAGGAACCUAUGCCCUCCUGAUGCUAAAAUUGCAUAGAGAUGUACGCUGAGCUGAGUGUCUAACUGUAUGUGUAAGAGAAGGAAACCCCUUUAAAUAUAUAAAGAGAUUGUAAUCAAAUUGAAUAAAGGCAACUUUUCAGCUAAGAAAAAGCAUAAAUAUUUUUCAUCAUAAAUAAAUAAAUAAAUAACAUAAAGAAAAAAUAUGACUAUUCAGACUGUAUGUUACAUUGUAAUCACAGUAUAGCACUACCUUUACAGUUUAUGGUGAUUUAGGGGGAAAUUCUUUGCAAAAUAACCAUGUUAAUUAUAAGUUCCAACAACAGCAAAGUUUAGAAGCAAAUGUCAUAGUUUAGUAAUAUAAAUUAUAUAAUGCUGCAUAAUUAUUGGAAUACAUUGGUGCAAUUAUGUAGCCAAUGAAAUGCAGUGUUACCUCUGGUUACGAACUUAAUUCGUUCUGGAGGUCCGUUCUUAACCUGAAACCGUUCUUAACCUGAAGCACCACUUUAGCUAAUGGGGCCUCCCGCUGCCGCCGCGUGAUUUCUAUUCUCAUCCUGAGGUAAAGUUCAUAACCCGAAGUACUACUUCUGGGUUAGUGGAGUCUGUAACCCAAAGUGUUUGUAACCCAAGGUGUUUGUACCUCGAUGUACCACUGUAUAUAAAGCCAAACAUAGUGGCCUAAUUUGCACAUCAAGGGAAAGCCAAACCACAGUUUACCAGGACCACACAAACGUGCCAACUCCUAGAGAGAAAUUCACAUGUGCUUUGCUCCUCCCCAGUUCCUUUAGCUCAGCUCAGUGUACAGCUAAGCAGUACCAGAUUUAGGGUGGUACAGGCGGUUCUCCUGCAUAGGGAACUGAGCUGAAGGGGUGCAAAAUUGAAAAGAUAAAUAAUUGAGAAGAUCCAUUGGGGGCGCCAAAUUUGGGACUUUACAGGGCACCAUAUUAUGAAAGAUUACCAAAGUCCGCCCCUGAGAUAAACCAAGGUUGAGGUCUCCUUAUUAAUCAUGAUUAGUAACCAUAGGACAAAAACUUGCCUAUUGGUCAUAGGUAAGGAGGAGAUCCCUUAACCAGACAAGAUGCUGUUCUUAAAAGGACCAAGGAGGAGCAAAUAAGUAUGAGCUCUUCUCUGGGAGCCAGCAGUAAACCAUAGUUUACUAUAUUGUGAUGUGCAAGGCAGUCCAGUCACUUAAUAGUCUGUCAUUAAAAGCACCUCUUUUAUCUUUCCUGUUAGACUGUUCCUGCGGAGGGGCUUGUGUCAAUAUUAAAGAAGAGAGAUGACAGUGAUGCUCAGAUCCAGCGGAGAGAGUCUAAAAGAAGAGUAAGAUUCCUAGAAAUGGAAGACACAUUUGACCAAGGUACCCUGCUUUUGUUUAUCACAACCCCCCGCCCCUGCCCCCCAAAUUACACAAUAUGAGUUGCAGUCAACUAAGGCAUACUUGAAAUCUAUUGAACAAGGGAUCGUCAUGUCUCCUGCUUAAGGUUGGACACAGACUAGUUCUUGUUUUCAGAAAUGGAAAAUUAGCCAUUUUAUGCUUCUCGUUCACAACAGGCACUGGUGCAAACUGCUACCCACAUAGCCCUAUAUAGCAUCCUUUGAAUGUCUACUACCUCCUUCCACAUUUCAUUGUAAGACUGGUACCGGAUACAGAUUCCAUAGCUUCAGCCUUAGGCAAAAUAUUUUUGCCCCUCUCUUCUCUCCCCACUCCAUAGUUGCUGUGUUUACCAUCUAGCCUGAUGAACAAUUCUGUAGAACUAAAAAACUUACACUGUAUUCAGUGAUGUUAGGCAUUGCCCUACAUUUUAGCUACUCGUGGCAUAGAUUAUUAUAAAUUGUUCUCUUCCAAUUUUGUUUCUAUAUUUUUAUCGGGGGGGGGGGGGCGACAUACACAGUACAUUCAUUCCAUUUCAUGCAAAGUUUCCCGAAGAGUUUCCAUUUCACGCAAAGGCAUGUUGACCCAUAGUAAGGCAAUGCCUUUGUUACACCAACCCACGUGUCAUAAAAUGGUGAGCAAGGUGCUUUUGAGUCCUCCAGAACUCAUCAUCAGGCUGGGUGGUAAACGGAGGGGGUGGAGGGUCUUGUAGAAACAAGUGAUAAAGCCAUGCAUCUUUAUCUUGUAAGAGUCCAAAAGUAGUUCGGUUGCCUGCGAUUUCAACAGCUGUGUGUUAUGUAUCUUAUCUUUACAGAGGAAGUUGGAGGUGGCUCCUGUGUUCUGCUGAUCUUAUUGUGCGUAGCAACUGUAUUCCUUAGUGUUGGAGGAACCGCGCUGUACUGCACGCUUGGUGACACAGAAUCUCCUGUAUGUACUGACUUUGCCGCCAAUAUGGACUUUUAUUAUACUCGAAUAGUGCAGGGUGUAGAGGAACUUAAGCACUGGCUAUCCUUCACAUAGAAGAAAUUGCUGACAGCUCACUGACAAUUGUUGAAGAGAGAAAAAUAUUUCAAGCUGCUUGUACCAUGGCACCUUCAGAAGAGUUACAGUGAAUGACAUAGGAAGUACCUCUGCUCAGGAGAUACUUUCCUGUAAUCAGGGGUGCAUAAGUGGAAUUCAUGCUACUAUAUCAUGAGGCAGCAUGACGGACUGAUAAACUGCCCUACUGUUACCUUUGUGUGAUGCUUUCAACAGCAAUCCACCAACCUUAGGAGAUAAAGAAGAGAAAAAGUUUUAUCACCUACCCUACAGUUUCCAGUCCCCACAUAAUUGUAUGCAAUCCAUGUAAACUUAGAGCAGGACUAUAUUGUCUUUCUGGCUGAUCAUGCAAAGAUGUUGUCUUCAACUAUCAUGCAAUAAGUCCAUAUUUUAUGGAAACGUACCUUAUUUGGGUUUAAUUACUGUUUGUCCUGAUUUUUAAUUGUCCUAGUGAGUUUUGUAAUUUUAUUGGAGUGGUGCAGCAGAAAUCAGAGCCCUCAGCCUAGUUGUUAAUUAAUUUGUCUUGCAUUUCAGAUUGUAGCAGCUGUAAUGAGUGGAUGCCUCCAUUGCUUCAUAUACAGCUUUUUAGUUGUAGAUUCCUUAAAAGUGGAUUUUUAGAAAACGUUUGCCGCAACAAUAAAAAAAUGGCAUUUUAAAUAAUUUUUUCGGCCAAUAAAUGGUACCAUCUGCAUCCCUUGUAAAGGGCUAUGUCAGAAAUUUCUUUUUUAGAUAUACAACUAUUAUGUUUUAAGUGUACAUCUAAGAAUGAAAACAACACUUUUGCAAACACCACUAUCAUGUCCAGGGAGCCAUUAUCAGCUACAGUUCCCCACUGAGUCUAUGCUCAGUGGCAAAUAUGGUUUCUUCUUUGUAGUGAGCAAAAUAAGCCUCGGUAUCAAAACUGCCUUAGCUUUAAUAAAGCAAUUGAUUUCUCCUUGACCAAAUUAUGAAGGAAAAGGGAAAAAAUAAUUAAGAAAGCUCUGAAAAAGCUUGCAUAUCAGUUUAAGAAUAUCUGAUAUAUAUUCUCUCACCCAUGAAAAAGAUGAGCUUCAGUCUAUCUUGUGGUGACAGUACAUUCUUAGUUUUCCUUUUAGCUGAAAAUUUUGUUAAUUCCAUAACUGAAAACGACAACAAACACCGGACUCAUGACUGACACCUGCCGAAAUCUGUUUGGAACUUGAUUCUUAUUCAGUGUCAGUAAUUUUUUCUUUUUAAAUAUCCACUGCAUGCUGAUUCCUUCUAAUCUGCAUUUCUUAAGCUUUCUGAUAAUGAUAUGUGAGACUAGAGAAAAGUUGGAUAAAAUCCCCAAUUCUCUCCCUACCAAGAAGAAAUUGCUUAUAUAAUAAUCAGGCAUAAGAGCCUGCUGGAUUAGGCCAGUGGCCCAUCUAGUCUAGCAUCCUGUUCUCCUGGUGGCCAAGCAGAUGGCCGUGGGAAACCCCCUGCCAUUUCUAGCAACUGGUAUAAAUAUACAUUUGUACUGUAAAACUGGAAUAUAAUGUCUAUUUUUUAAAUUAAUUGUAUAAUCUGUUAGUUGAUAAUGAAAUUAAGGGCUUGAUUGAAGCUCUCAGUCAACAGUUAUGCUCGUAUUGGAGGAAGCAGGUGGGAAGGCAGUUUUUGCUAAUCUCUCUCCCCCCUGCAGUCUUCUUUGUCCCCUGAAAACCUGUCCAGAGUGUUGUGGAAUCCUCUGAAACAGGGUGGGAAGUAGCUUUGGGGGCAGAAGACAAAAGAGGGAAUUGGCGAAAAUCACCACCACCCCUUCCUUCAUGGGCAGCCUCUGCUGGAUCCCAGUUCCCUCUCUAAAAGGAAGGAGCCUUUCUGUUCACAGAGGGGCAAGUAUGGAUCCAACCUUAUAUUUUUAGAAACCAGUCUCCAGGACUCUAGUGCAUUCCACUAAAGGUGUGUGCAGAAUAUGCUAGUGGUGUAUGAUGCAGAGUGUACCAAUAUUAAGGCCUUGGCUGUGCAGAAAACAAAAGUGCAAUGGCAGUGAAAGUUAAAUCGUGAAAACGGUGUUCUGAAUGUUAAACCUCACAAGGGAAGGCUUUGGGGCAUUUGAAAGGAUAUCCAUCUUAAUGUGAAUUGGUAAGGAAAAGAUUGGUUUUUAUAUCACGCUUUUCCUUCAGAAGAAUGACAUGUUAACUACACUGGUAGUGCUUCUUCUAGGUAUGUCCCCUCUCUGCUAAGUGGCCGGUGUUAUGCAACUAGAUUCCCCCCCCCCCCCGUCUCUAGCUAUGUGAUGAGAAAGAGAGAGAGUGCACACCUGGCACACCUGUUUAAUUAGCAGUCUGGGUAUGUCUUUUGGAUUGGAUUUCUUCUUUCUUCCCAACCCUUCUUGGAGAAGACUCUUUUGCAUUUUGACCUCUGGUGCACCAAUCCCAUUUAGUUCCAUUGGCUGGCCAGCCUGCAAUGUUGGCAAAGCAGUUAGUUGUAGAGUUAUGCUGGCAUAGCUGUUGGUAUACUCCAGCCCAUGGUUAGGAUCCAAAGAGCUCCUUAGCUGCCUGUGCACAGAUCUUUCCACAUUAGUGUUGUCCUCUCUACCCCUCACCCCCACCCCGGCUACAGUUUCUCACACCGCACCACCAGAGAUUGCUCUUGCAGUUCUCCAGGGUAUAGGAAGUCUUUUUGGUGGAGAGGAAACAGCUUUUGAAACUAAGGAUUCAGAAGCACACUUGUUCCCCCUCCCAACUAUACUGUACUUGGAUUUCUUGGCCUGAAGAUUUAUGUGCUGACAGAGCAAGUCUUACAAUGGGGUAGUUAGCAAUUUUAUGUGUUUUGUGUCUAAUGGGGGGGGGGGACUUCGUUAUGUCUAAACACAGUUUUCCAUGUGCACUCCAAAGGCCUUUUGUGUUCCACUCUAGCAGUGCUUGAACCUUCUAAAAGGGAGGCAUGAGUUUUAAACCUGAUUACUGGCUGGUUCAGUACAUCACUUUUGUCUGCUCUUAUUAAGUUAGCUUGAUCUGUAAAGGAAUUUUCUUAUUAUUUUAUUUUGUAAUUUUCUGAUGGAUUGUUGAUGAGCAUGCCUUCUGUAGCUAUAAUGUUGUAUCUAUAAUUAUGUAGUUACUAUAUAUUUUGGGGUUUUGUAAUUUUCAGUUUGAUGUUCUGUUGAAUAUUAAUGUUUAAAGCAACCACGAGUUUCACCUCUGUUUUAAAUGUUUGUGCUCCUGAUCACCAAAAACAUUGAGAAUGAUAACUUGAAUUAUUUUUUUUAAGUAUGCCAUCAAGAAGCCUUGUACUUAGGUUCAUUUUGGCAGAAGUAAUGUUAAAAUUAUUUUUAUUGCACAUUUAAAAGAGAAAUACAACGCAGAUUUUAAAAUAUCUCACUUUGCACUAGGGUUGCCAGAUGCCCCUUUAAAAAAAUGUAUAAUUGUUUGAUUUUAGAUCACAGCAGUACCAUAGAACAGAACUGAUCUCCUUUAUUUUGUAACACCCUGCUCCACCAGACUCUGUAUAUUUUUGAAUUUUUACUAUGGCAAUCCUAUCAUUAUACCACCUUAAACUGACAUACUCUGCAGCCACAGAGCCCAGGCCACAGCACCUAUACUGCCCUUGUUGAGGUGGAGGGCAACAGAAAAGGCUGGUGUCCUGAGCUGGGUUUAGAGCAGUCUUAUGGUUGAUCUCAUUUAUUAGCACUAUAUACGGAAGCAGUCUCAAAUUUUUGACCAUGUUGCAUGUGCUGCUUCAUCUCUCUGCUGAUCAUGUGAUCCUGACCUGUAGCUAGAUAUUCCAGUUGGUUCAUAUAAGAAAUUAAAACAUCAGUAAAACGUUGGUACUAAUUCUUGUUUGGUAUGAUAGUUCACAUGCUGUGUGGUGACCUUUCAGAUGGUUGGCUACGUAACAAAAUUUGCUCUACCUGGCCUUUAAAAUAUGCUGAAGUUGCUCUCCAUAGUAUCUCAGGCUCUGAUUCCGCCAACAUUUUAUGCAAAUGUGACCAAUUUGAAAGAGAAGGCUCUUGUAUAAAGCUAUGUUGGGUCUCAACCUCCAUGUUGAAACCGCUCUAAAUGAAAAGCGCAUCUCCAAAUUGCUGUGGAAUUGAGAGGAACUAGAAGGUAGGAAACAGUUUUUCUCUUUCAUUGUAAUUCAUGUAUGCAAAAGGCCUUGAGCUAUAACCCAUUUCUCAUGGUUGUUUCCUCCUAGUUGUCAAUGGCUGGGUCUUGUAAAUAAAGCUAAGUGAGAGAGAGCAGAAAGCUAGGACAAUACAAUUAGAUUGUUCCAAAUUAUACUAUAAUACAUGGGAUGUGGAACUUUUAUAAAUUUAUAUAUAAAAACAAUUGGCUGAAUAUUAAGCUACAUUUGUUUAAAAGAAAAUUCUAGUUGCUUCUACUUUAAUAAGGCACAUUUCGUCCAAUCACUGCCUCCCAGCUUGCUAAUCUUUAUACAGUAUAUUGUACAUGUGUGUGAUUGUGCCUCAGUGGAUGUGCAAUCAGUUACUGCCAACAAUGGGAAUGCCUUAAGCUUUUUUCAGUAAAACGCAAGUGAAAAUCCUAAAGCCAAAUUGGGUAUCAAAUUGAAUUUUGUUAGUCUAGCUAGCUCACAUACUAUUGAACUUCCAAUAAAAGGGCUGUUACACUCGUAAGAAUAAGAAAACAUAGCAAUUUAACUUCUGCUACUGUGUAAAGUCAAGGCAAAUCAAAGUCAAUAAUAGAUGUGAUAAAUCAAACCUUGGCUACUAAUAACAUGGGAGGAAAUUACUAUUUGAAAGCAUCAACCAAGCUUGUGAUUUCUAAAUAUAACGAACAAAAAUAAAGUGUCCCUGAGAAAAUGCAUUGAGUCUUUUGAGUGCUGUUAUUAAUAAAGGAUGUAGACCUUAAUAAUGUGUUCUGGAUAACUACUUGCUGUUGUUCUCAAAAAGCAUUUUAGUAACUCUGUUAUUCUACAGUGACUUAUAAGGAAUUACAAGCAGACCUACAACCAGGCCUUGGAAUGAACAAGGUUCACUGAACUACCCAUGAGAUUUGUUACCAUAAUUGCUAGGUGAAUUAAAGGUGAAUUAAAUUUAUUUUGGGAUAACUC